CCUGAGAGCAUCAAUUCCAGACAAUAUCCCAAGUCAAAGAUCGCCUGUGCCAUGAAAGACCUCUGGAACGCCCAGGCUUCUGAGUAAUUACAAACCCAAUCCUCACUACCCUUUCACGUUCUUCUCAGGACGCCGGGAUCGCGCCAUCAGGUUUCUGCGCCAAAAAAGAUUCUGCGCCAUCAUCUCCUAUCAGCCAAUCUCAUCGCGGCAGGCAAUUCUACAGCCAGAAGCAGGACACACAAACAACGUGUAACGGCGCUCGUCUCACGAGCCUCGUAUUGCGUCACCUGUCGGUCCCAACAAGUUAAACAACUGGCGUGCUUGUGCCCUGGGAGUAGCCAUUGCGCUCGAGUCUCCAGCUCUUGGCCCAGUCAGACCCUGUUUGGGGUGAAGUGAUAGGAAGCGGCUAAAACCCAACUACCAACUGCUGGCCGUCUAAAGAGCAGGCAAGUGAAAGUCAAUAGGCGACAAGCUGGUGUGGUGUGACCUUGCAAGACCAAGGCACUCAAAAUUUGUAACAGGUGAGUGGUGAAUUUUCCUUUCCUCUUGGUUGCCUCUCCCUUUGUUUGGUCGCAGCAAAACAACACCCACCAAUUCCGUCCGUCUCUGUAAUCCUUUCCGUGGCUGUCACCCAAUUCUCUCAAUGCCACCGACGAGGAUAAGCUUCUCCCCUUAGCUACUCUGUCUUGGCCUUUGAUGUCGGCAGUUUGUCUGGGCUACCAUAGGAUUAGCACUGGCCGAUAAUCCUCAGCCACGUGCAUGAUCCCGCUUAUAGGAAUCCCUGAUUCAGCAGUGUUCACAGACGAGAGAGGUCUCACGUAGUUACCUGGGUAGUCAGUCCUUGGUGGUUGGUUGGUCGAUUGGUUGAUUGAUCGGCUUGACUGGUUGCAGGAUAAAUUGCAUUAGUUGGCUGUUUAUCUUCAGCCUCGCAUCCUUCAAGCUUCAAGCUCAAGUCGUCUUUACACCAAUGAAGCGUCACCGACAUUACCUUACCUAGGUACCUUACACUACAAAAAGUCCAGACUCCAGCCUAGGUACCUGUCCUGUCCUAUCCUAUCUCGCCAACGGCAAUCGCCACCAACAUCCGAGCCGUACUUGCCCUUUUCGCCCUGCCUUGGCCCUGUCUGUUCUUUCCAGCCAAUCCCUUAUUCGGUGGCUCCUGCUCCUGCUCCUGCUGUCUCACUCCCGUCGUGCUUGCCCCAACGAAUUGAGCUUAUUUCAGCCUUGUCAACACCAAAAACCUGCAAACUUGUCUUCCAAUCACUUUCCCUUUUUUUCUGUCAUCCAACUCAUUUAACUUGACAUAUUUAAGUUUUCGCGAUCUUCCCUGGGACCCCAGGACUCCUUGAACUCUAUCCUGAUACAAAUACAACCCACCCUUCACUUCGCAUACCACUAAUUAUUUCCCACUUUCCUUAUCUUGUUUCUACCAUCCCCCCCAGGCCCCGCCAGUGCGGGCAUCUAUCAUCAUGAGCUCGCGUCCACGUCGCUCAGCGGCCACCAAGGCCAAUGAAGUCAUUUCUGUUCAUGCCAGAUGGGCUGACUCUCCAGAAAGAAGCGAAAGGAGCAUGUCGUCACGACGCUCUGGUCGCGCCUCAGGCGUGUCCGUCUCCCGGGAUGAUACCUCAUCACCAGGUGGCGAUCGUCAUUUGAGUUUGACUGUCAAACUUCCUUCCAACAAACUACGACAGGCUACACGCGGGGAGCGUGGCUUUGAAGGCGGAGAAAUUGUAUCUGGAAAGCGGAAUCGAGGAGCUAAGAAAAGUUAUGUGGUUGACUCAAGCCCCGAUGAAGAUGAAGAAGAGGAAGAGGAGGCAGAGAUUGAGGUGGAGGAAGAUGAUGACGAUGAGAUGGAUGUUGACGCUGAGGGUGAGGAGGAUGCCGAGGGAGACAUCGAUAUGGAUCUAGCUCCUCCAACCAUCACUGUUUCCAAACCAGUCCGGUCCAAGCCAGCACCUCGAGCAUCGGCUGCCAAGGUCAUUCAGGAUGACGACGACGACGACGAGGAGCUUAGUGACCCCGUUGAUAGCGACGCUGGAGACGAGACUAUGGGUUUUGGUGAUGAGACCAUGGCCGACGAUGGUGACGAGGACGCUGAAGGCGAGGAGAUUGAGGUUGCAGGCCAAGAAGGAGACGAGGAUGACGAAGACGAAGAAGAUGAGGAGGAAGAAGAAGAUGAAGAAGGCGAUGGAGGCGACAAUGACGACGAAGAUGACGAAGAUGACGAUGGCGAUGGCAACCCAGACGAGUCUAUCGAUCUCACCAAAAUGACAAAGCGGCAACGAGCUCGAUUUGAAGAUGACAACGCGCAUCAGUACAUGAAGUUGUCAGAUGAGGUACAAGCGAAGAAGGUUUUUACAGCUGAGGAAUUGUCCAUGCGUCGACAGGAGAUGGCCCGGCGACGCCGCAACUUGAGUGAAAAGCGAAAUGAGGAAGUGAAGAUGGAAACGAUUAACAAACUCCUCAAAAAGCAAGCACCCAAGAUCAACCGCAAGGCUGCAGCUGCUGGCGUAGGCGGUCUAGAAGACUCAAACAAGCCUGAUCCCGUCUUCGUUCGGUGGGUCAGUAACAAAACUGGAGUUCGAGUGGCAGUGACAGAAGAGAUGCUUGACAGCCCGGCCGGUCAGGUUUUCAAGCCUUCAUCUAAACUGGCACCGGGUAAGAUGGUCCAGGAAGUUGCUUAAGGAGGCGUUAUCGUGUGCUUAUUAAAUGCCAACUCCUUCCUGGUAGUUCGAUGCCCUUUGAGCACCUGUGCAGCAAGUCAUAAUUCAGUUGGUCUAUCUGGAAUAUCGAAACGUGAUUUUCAAGAAGAAUUCAAAGGGGAUUGUUGCGUGGUCUUUUAUCUGUCUUGGCCGUACUGAUACACAUAGAUAAUAUUACUUGGCUUUAGACCGUUCAUCCAACCCCACUAGCAUUCCUGCAACCACUAUAUAGUUUGAUCCAACACGCAAGGGAUAUGCAAGCUCUUAUCGAUGUGCGCCGAUGACGGUCGUGGGCAGACAGGGGGGAAGGGGGCUGACUUGUUCGUAGGUUGCUAGUGAAUGCCGUCUCUAAACCUGCCAGCCGCUGACACUGUACCGCCA